AUGAACGUAGAAUCAGACAAAAAAUGCCCCAACAUGGCCAGCCUCACACCCACACAUCACUUGUGCCAUUUGUGUAUCAGCACCACAAAAUCAGAUUUUGAGUAUACUUUUCCUGUACUCAACGGUGGGUCACUCAAGGUGGAACUUUCAUGUCUCUGCUGCUCCGUUCAGCAUCAGGAGCCAAAGGAAAUAAUCCGGAACUUCCAAAACAGCAAACCUGAUUCUCUACUAAAAAUGGAAGAGGAGCAUAAAUUGCAAAAGAAUCCAUUUUCAGCAAUUAAAGACAGUAAAUUCAAGUUUUCUUUCUCUGGCAAGAAGCUGUUCAGCCCCAAGGGAAUCAAGCCACAAACCAGUCCUAGCAUCUUUGGAUCCCUUCAGAAUUUUAAAGAAGAUAAAAAUAAGCCAGUCAGAGAUGAGUAUGAAUAUGUUUCUGAUGAUGGGGAGCUGAAAAUUGACGAGUUUCCCAUCAGAAGAAAGAAAACGACGACAAAGAGAGAGCUAUCAUUUUUAUCAGAUACAAAGGAAACUCCGCCACUUGUACCAUCCAAGAAGUCCAAAAUCCAGGAGAAGUAUAAGAGUGAUGACUCGUCAGACGAGGGAUCUCUCCACAUCGACACAGAAGCAAAGCCAGCAAGAAAUUCCAAAGUGAAAAAAGACAGUGCAAGCUCAGGGGGGAUUCUGGACCUCUUGCAAGCCAGCAAAGAAGUCGGGGGCUUAGAUUAUAACGCCAAUAGUCAGCCGCCCGCAUCUCCAAGCACACAAGAAGCAAUACAGGGCAUGUUGUCAAUGGCAAACUUGCCUUCUGACUCCUGUCUACAAACAUCAUGGAGUGCAAACCAAUCGAAAAACAAUUCCAUAUCAGGCCAGAACUCAAAGAAAUCAAGCAGCAGCAACAACAGCAACAACAAAUGUGCAAGCAAAAGGCCCAGCAAGAAAGCAGCAAAGAACAGUAUCACCAUGGAUGACUAUGAGGAGGAGCAAGAUAACCUGGGAGCAUGUUUUAAAGACUCUGACUAUGUUUACCCAUCUCUCGAGUCAGAUGAAGAUAACCCUGUGUUCAAAUCUCGAUCAAGAAAAAGAAAAUGUUCUGAUGAUGCUCCAUAUAGCCCCACAGCAAGAGUCGGUCCUUCCAUACCCAGGCAAGACAGGCCCAUCCGUGAAGGUACGAGAGUUGCCUCUAUUGAAACUGGACUUGCGGCUGCUGCAGCCAAGUUGUCCCAGCAGGAGGAACAAAAAGUCAAGAAGAAAAAGAACACAAAAAAGAAGCUUUCACCAAACAAUACAAAUAAACUUUGUCAGGAAAGCAGUUCUCCUGAAGCCACAAAGCUGGAAUCCUUGGGGUCUAGCCUAACGGACCAUGAGUAUACGGCCGGUGUCAGUACGUUUGGUGUAGCCCAAGUAAACAGAGGGUCCCAGCCUAUGGCCCCCGGGGUGUUCCUCACACAAAGAAGACCGUCUGUGUCUUCCCAAAAUAACUCAGCUGCCAAAGAACCCUUUCAGAAUGAGUCAUGUGACACAAGCGGGCAGGACCUGUGUCUUAAGUACAAAAGGACAGCUGGGAAUGAGCACAAAAGUGAAAAAGGUAAACGUACAAAAAAAGGCAUGGCAACAGCUAAGCAGAGGCUUGGGAAGAUCCUGAAAAUCCACCGAAAUGGAAAGCUUCUCCUUUAGUGUUUGCUAAUAUAGACUUUUUCUUGUGGCUCGUGGACCCCGCAAGCUGACACUAACCUUGAACUCUUGCAGGACUGCAGUGUCGCUCUGCAGACAUUGUUAGAGGAACCCACUCUGCUCUACCUUCCUGCCACCACUUUAGUAAUUCUUUUUAACUUCCAGCAGUUGACAUGUACAGAAUACUGCUAAUAUUUUUUAAUAAUAAUAAUGUCCUUUCUCAAAUUGCUGAGAGUGACUAGUUUGCAGGAAAGAAGAAAACAAAAAAAAAAA